AAGUCAAGUCCACCUCCGUAAGUCACCUCACUGCUGACGAGCAGGAAUGCGAAGACCACUUCAAGACCACUCACUCUCGACUUCCUUCUGGACGAUACAUGGUAAGACUCCCAUUAAAAUCAUCAUCUAAUCUUUUGGGAUCUUCCAGACAACGUGCCUUCCGAUGCCUCCAAGGACAAUUUCGCAAGUUCGAGGGAAACCAAGAAUAUUGCCAGCUCUACAAGGACUUCCUCACUGAAUACGAACAACUCAAGCACAUGAAGAAGGCUCCCUCAGACAUCUCGCAUCCCAGAUACUAUUUGCCGCAUCAUGGAAUUCUCAAACCAGACAGCUCCUCCACCAAAUUGCGAGUAGUGUUCAAUGGUUCCAGUCCCACCUCAACAGGCCUCUCACUGAACGACAUCAUGCACACAGGAGCGAAACUUCAGUUAGAUGUGAUUGAUGUAUUGUUCUGGGUACGUCGCUUUAAAUUUGUGUUUUCCACAGACAUCACGAAGAUGUACAGAGAGAUCAUGGUGCAUCCAGACGAUUGGGAUCUCCAAUGCAUUCUCUGGCGAAACUCAGAAGAUGAGAUAGCGACGUACCACCUCACCACCGUCACCUAUGGAACCAAGGCUGCUCCUUUCUUGGCCAUUCGAGUCCUCCUCCAGCUCAUCGAAGAUGAAGGUCACAAGUAUCCACUCGCCAUUCCACCACUCACCAAAGGUCGCUAUGUUGAUGAUAUCUAUGGUGGUUCAGACACGAAAGAAGAACUCUCAGAAAUCGCUAUCGACCUGAAAAAUCUCUGCAUGGCGGGCGGCCUCCCCUUAGCAAAGUGGCAAUCGAACUCUCCUAGUACGCUCAAGAUGGUAACCGAGGAAGAAAUGAUACCAUCGCCGAUCUCAUUUGACGACUGUCCUACUUCAACGAAACUUCUAGGCCUACUCUGGUAUCCUCAAGAGGAUUACUUCUCAUUCAAGAUCAACUCAAGCUCAUCUGGGUCUGUGGUAACUAAACGUACUAUGUUAUCUCAUAUCGCUCAACUCUUUGAUCCACUUGGUUUAGUAUCCCCUGUCACGAUCAAGGCCAAAAUGUUGUUGCAGGAACUUUGGCUCCAGAAACUGUCAUGGGACGAACCACUGUCACCUCAACUCACAGAAAGAUGGUGCAACAUCAGAGAAGAGGGUAGGCACCCAAGAAAAUACUACCAUAGAACUUCACGGCUUCUCUGAUGCUUCUCAACUUGCCAUGGCAGCAGUCCUCUAUCUCGUAGUCCGCUCACCGUCCACAGGAUCCAAAGUCACAUUGCGCUGCUCGAAAACA